GGUCAUAUGACCAGGCGGCAGGAGCAGGUGGUUCCUGGUCAUGUGAUGUUGUUAGCCGAGGCUGAGGAGCAGCAUCAUCUGAGGGGAAUCACAGCCAGUAUCUCUCCCUGCGUUGAAAGGCACCUGCAACUGACACGUCACCAACCAUGUCAUACGGGUCUAUUGACGGAGGCUCCUUUGGCAGUCACAACCCAUUUGGAGGACCCACUAGGCAGGGCUAUCAGCUAGUAGCCACACAGGUCAGCCCUGCAGAACUGCAAGAUGUGUUUCAGGAGACCUCCUCCAAUAUCUUCCAGAUAAACGCCAACGUUGUCACAUUAGAGAAGAAUCUUCAAGCCCUGGGAACAUCGAGAGAUACAGCAGAGCUACGACAGAGCCUACACUCCACGCAGCAGCAGACCAACAAAGUCAUCACCAGCACAAGCCAACUCAUCAAACAGCUCUCAGAUAUAAUCAGUGGCUCUUCACGGCAAGACCGUCUGCGCCUGACACGACUAAAAACUGAACUCUCCGAGUCUGUGCAGAGCUAUGGGGAUCUGCAGAAGAAAAUUGCAGAACGCUCGAGGGCCUUGCUCCCUCCAACACAGAAAGACAAGCAGAAGAAUGUACAGACCCCAUCCAGUGAGCUGAUGGGAGAGGGUCCAGUGUUUGGAGAAGCAGCAGGCUCUGAGGGAGGCGCUCUGGCCUUUUUGUCUGAGAUCAGUGAGGAGGAUGUGGAGGUGCUUCACCAAAGAGAGGAGGCCGUGCUUCAGAUUGAGAGAGACAUGCUGGACGUCAGUCAAAUCAUGAAAGAUCUGGCCAGUAUGGUCCAUGAACAAGGAGACGCCAUAGACAGCAUUGAAGACUACAUCCAGACUGGGUCGUCCAAUGUGGAAUCAGCCAAUCAGGAACUUGCGAAGGCAAACCAUUACCAGAGGCAGCUGAGGAAGAGGAAGUGCUACCUCCUGCUGGCCGGAGCGAUUAUCCUCACCGUCCUUGUCAUCAUCAUAGCUGUUUCAGCAAGAAAAUAAGACUGGCCACUUUGGUAGCGGCUUUUCAUUACAGUGUCACCUCAGUGCUCGUGCCCAGCCUGAUCCCUGACCUGAGCAGCUGGUUUCCAGUAAGAGGGAGCUGUCCUGCAACAAAAUCUCUCCUCCAUCAAAUCUGGCUCUGUCCACAUGUGCUCCUGUCUGGGGAUGGAUGGCUUUCUGAGUGUAUCAAUUUGUCAAUGGGUAGCCCCAGUCUGAGACUCACAUGUAAUCAUUCAUAUUUUUUACGCCAUUUCUCUGACUUGAAUGUUAUCAUCAAUGCUGAAGUCACAAAUUUAGUCAUUACUGUAGGGGCACAGGCUCCGGUGCUUCCUGUCUUGGAUGUGAUGGGUGACUGUUGUAUAUCACACACAGGGAGCUCCUAACUAUGCCGUUUCAUCAGAAAACCAGAUGAAGAUGGAGCAGAAGCUUCAGGGUGAGACGCAGCAGCUUGGGCGUUACAGUCUUCACUGCUGUCUUGUAUGCUCUAUUUCCUUUAUGUAUUUUUAAUGACGUGAACUACUUUUAUUAGUGGGUAAUGUAAUUUAUUUAGCAUUAUGUUGUACGAUUUCUUGAUAGUUGUAAAUAUUAUUUGACCAUAUAUAUCCACCAAAAUAAAAGUCUAUGUUGAAGAGAAAUCCGAAGUUCUGGCUGUGUUUGUGAUUGAUGUAAAGGGUAGAAAAUCUUAUGAGACUUACUAUUUCAACAUGUGUUGAUUAAUAUCAGCUAUCGUAAGACUCCUCCCUUGAAAAAUGACCCCAUUGGUCAGUGCCAGCCUAUUCCAGUUUAUAUCUUUAUUUGGGUUAUUGUAUUUUUAAGAGACAUCAUGUAGUCAUGUGAUGCAGUAUCAGUCAUGUGACAAGUGAAAAAGACCUCUAGUGGCCAUAGUAAUUAUGACACGUUCAAGGUCAGGUGACCACAUUUCCAUACACUUGCUUUCUCGAGUGCUUGAGUGGAUUCAUGCUGACAAUUAUUGUAACAUCCAUCGCACUGUAACUAACUGGAUGGUUCACUUAUAAUGGUCAAACACUUGAGUGUGUAAGUGCUGGACAGUUCAGGACUAAAUUGCCAUCUUGGCUUCUUGAGAAAGGGCCACUGAGAAAAAACAAGUUGUAACAUUUUACACAAGAAAGCAAAACAUUCAUUUUUCAGUAAGCAAAGCAGUUAGAUAUUGUGUUGGAUUAAAUGUUGUGAUCAUCAUUUCCGAUAAAUCAAGUUAUAUUUGAGACAAGACUCAUGCAAUUCAUUGUAUGUUUCAUUUUGCAAACCAAUAGUCCAAAAUGUUUAACCACAACUUCAGGAAAUGGUCACAUGGGUCAUAUCAGAGGAGAGGGUGGGGGUAUUUAGGCAAAGUUAAAAUAUCCUCAAGUAGUAAUUUAUUACAUGUACAUACAGCUACACUUACAUCACAAUGGCAUAAAUGUUAAACAUAAUUGCUUGUGUUUAUCAACUGUAAUCAUAAUUGAAAAAGGUCAGUUUAACUGAGUUUAUACAAUGUGAAUUACCUAUCACAAAUUACUUUCAAAGGGCAUUGCAAUCUAUGGAAUGUGUGGCAGCCUCUAUUAGUUUAAAAAAGGAAAAAAACAAAAAAAUCCUUUCAUAUGGAAAAAGUGUUAUUGUUCAUGUCAUGAUUGUCAGUCAUUGUUUGUUUGACAGCCUUUAGGUUAAGUGCUGAUGAUGUACCUGUGACUGAAAUGUUUAUUUUCAUCGUACAUACAUUAAAUACUUAAGGAAAUCA